GGAGAAAUGUCAGCGAAACGAAGCCAUUGUGCUUGAUGACUUCAUGCUCAAACAACUAGAGCGAGUACAACAAACUGCAGCGGCGGCGGCGUGCGGGGCGCGGUUGUGCGGUCUAUUUUAAGCUGACCCUGGGAGCCGUUUUCGAUGCUCUCGCAAUUCCAAGUGCAGAGGUGUAGAUAUUCGAAGUAUUCGCGCGGGCCUCGUGCGUGUUUCAGGUGAAGCGAGCAAUGGAUAUACACAGCAGGAUAAGGCGGCCUCGGCACGUCAGAAUCAUUACAGUUGGAAACGUAGAAGCCGGAAAGACCAGCAUAAUCAAGCGGUACUGCAAAGGAAGAUUUUCAUCGAAGUACCAACCAACAGUAGGAGUAGACUACGGAACAACUAGGGUUUCUAUUGACAGCAUCGAAGUUAUGGCCAACAUAUUCGACCUUUCUGGACAUCCUAUAUUCAAAAUAGUACGUAUGGAAUUCUACUCAAACAUUGAUGCUGUUCUCCUUGUGUAUGACAUCAGCAAAAGUUCAAGCUCCGAGCACUCAGAGACACUCGAGCGAUGGCUCCACGAGAUGGCAAAAGGCAUGGACAACACCUCAGUGGUCUGUGUUGUGUGCGGAAACAAGAGUGACAAAGGGACACGUCUGCAAAACAAGGAAGUUGAAAGAUGGGUGGAUACGCACAAAUUCUCACAUUUUGUCAUUUCGGCCUGCAAUGGCACCGGCAUCCAUGAAAUGUUUCAGAGCCUGCUGUUGCAAGUUCUCAGAGUGCAAGACACGGGAAGGGACCCUGUAGCGCUGUGGUCUUCUUGCCAUUACAGCAAAGAGGAGCUUCAAGCAGUCCACCAAGUGCGGUGGUCUCGAUCAGAGUACGAGAAGCUUGGCGUUGACUCGAGGGCAUCUAGGGACGACAUCAACAAGUCUUACCGGCGCCUAGCAGUCCUACUGCACCCAGACAAGAGCACAGCACCAGGUUGCGAAGAAGCCUUCAAGAUGCUAGUGGCAGCGAGAACUGCUCUGCUGAAGCGUUUACUGCACUGACAAGGCUAACCAUAUAGUGCACUUAUGGGUACCUUAGCAAGAAUGCCUCACCCAGUGCCCAUCCUUUUACGAGGAAGUUCCAUUAUUCAUCCUUGGCAGGAAACAAGACUGGUUCCGCUUAUCCAAGGUUGAGCUGAAGGGUGUCUGCUUAUCGCACUGUGUGUCUUUUGUCAUCUGCCCUACCUCUGCCGUGGUGGAUAUGGCAUUCUGCAACUGAGAACAAGGUCACGUGUUCAAUUCCCAGCCACAGCGGCUGCAUGCCAGUGAGGGCAGUAUGUCAAAGCACUUUUGCACUUUGAUUCAGAUGCACAUUCUUCACUCCAUGGGGUCAAAUUUGAUUGGAAACUCCCUGCUACAGCACUCCUCAUAGCCCACUGUGCAGUUCUCAGAUGUGAAAAUAAACUGGUCAGUUGGUCAGCUGGUCAAGUAAGCAUUUUGCAAAAUGUUGAAUUAAUGGAUGUUUACUCCAUAAGAGUUUCCCAUCUUGUAAUUUAGCAGUGGUUGAGUGAGAAGACAAGUCCCUUGUAGAAACAAUGGCUUCACUGAUAUCUCUUGUUAAAGCACUGCUCAUCAUUUCAGGUCUCUGUCUGCCUGUGAAUCUUUCCCUCUUGUUUGGAUUCCAAUGUGUUACUGUAAUAUCCAUCCACAUUAACAGCACAGCAGACCAAGCCUACGAGGACUUUCUGGAAGCAUUUGAACAAGGUGUGCAAUACAGGCUGAACCACAAAAAUGGUUUCAAUAACUUGACUGCAGUUCAAAUUGCAAAGGGCUCUGAUGGGACUUGGUGCACUAAAACCAACCAGUGUCAAAAUGCCAAUAAAGUGGUUGCAAAUAAAAACAUCUGCCACUUUGUAUACACUGCCAUUUUAUGAAGGUUAGAUAUGUGGGCACAUGAAAAAAGAGUUCAAAGCACGUCUUGAGUUACCAGCACCACAAUGUAUUAUUAGCUCAGUGCCUGUACAAGAUUAAUGGCAUCUUCACACAACACUGCCCAUUUCCUGCAAUACUGCCAGUCUAGCUGGCCUGGUGCAUGAGAGUGGUUCACGACUACAGCAGAAUCUUGAUAACACUUAAUUCUCAGGACCUCUUAAAAUACGCCAUAUGAAAUUCAAAUGACCCACAACCAUCGCCAGAGCACCAUAUUGAGGGCAAGAAAUUUGUGUUAAUUUUUCGUGACUCCUGAUGACUUCCUGAACUGUUAGUACUUUGAUGUCGUCAAGGUGACUCUUCUGGAAUGAGUGAAAUCUUGCGCUCGUUUCUUCACCUACAUUGCCAGCACUUGCUACAAGCUGCAGUGAGCGCUUAAGUGUGCAGGUCUCUCUGCCAGGAUCAUGAAUGACCAAGAUUUCAAACUCCGAAUUCACAACAGCACCCGUGCUCUUCUGGACUGUGACAGAUCUUGUGGUGGCUCAGAAAUUCGUAUCAUUCACCGCAGCCUGGGAGAGUUUUAAAGUCAUCACGAGACAGAAUGCAUUGUACUUAAAGGGGCCCUGAAACACUUUUCUAACUAAUUAUAGAAUGACAUUGCUAUUAAAUCAGGUCGCCUCAUGAAUUUCUGGCUGCAAUUAUUUUUCGAAUUCUUCAAGCACAAGUGAAGUUACUGGAUUGACCAGUGGCUUUCUCUCUCCUUUAAUUUCUACUAGCGCACUGGAAGCUAUGCAGGGGAGACGGCACGGGGGCACAAGCAAUGCCCCACUGGCACCGCCCAAAAGUGAAACGCAAGAUGGCUCGUGGCAGUACCCUGUGCCAGCCGCGGUAUCUAGGCUACGCUUCCUUUCUCGGAGGCCACGUGCAGCAGACGCAGCAAUGUGCAACUGUCGUGUUUAGACCGGCAGUCCAAAGAUGAAAUGGCUUUUCUGUCUUUUUGAGAUUGCAGAUGCAUACAUUUUUCAUUUAUGUAACUCAAAUGAGCAAUAAUUGUAUUACUGAGAAUGUCUUCCCGAUCACGAAAUCAACCAAUAGCUGAACAUCAUACUUGGU